ACUGGUUGCAUUUUUUCCAGUUUAUCAGUAUUAAUUUUCUCUGAGGAUGUUGUUCCAUCGCUCACGUGAAGAUCGAUUACACUUUAAUUCCAUUUAGGUUUCUAGUGAAAUUCAACUCAAAUGCAAAUGAUGGACUGAACCCAUUAUUAUUACACUUCUAUGCAUGCUACUAUGUCAUGUCAGCAAUGUGGAAAAGAGGCAUGAUAAAAUGCUCUCCGUGUCUGAUAACAUUCAUUGCCUUCAUACAGCUACACUUGUGGCAAUUUGAAUAUAUGGAAAGACUUCACAAUGGGAGAUCAGUUGAAAGCACAGAUGAGCCAGGAAGGGAAAUGUUGAGUUUGAUAGAGCUGAAACCGAGGCUGUACCUUUUAGACGUAGAUGACUUGCAGCCUUUUUCACCAGGAGGAUCACAAAGAUCUACAGGAGCAGAGAAAAACAAGCUGCAGAGAUGAGAGCGACAUCUGCAAACCGUGCCGUUUCCCUGACAGCUGUUGUGAUGGUGCUAACCUCGGUGGUGCUGCAGGGAGUCCAAGCAGGAGUAGUAAGUGACUUCAGCCAUGCAGAGCGCUGCAAGGACUCCCUGUAUAUGGGAACCCCACCGAGAGGUUAUCUCAGCAACGCCUUUAAGAAGAUCUGCCAGAGGUACGAGGAUAAACCUCGCUACGCCACAGUGUAUGACCCCCGCAGACACAUCCCCAUCUUCUCUGCGUACACGUUCAAGAAGUCAGACGGGGAGAAGAAGGUGGACUUUCCCUGGAUGUUUGAGCCUCAGUUGGCAUCAGAGAAGAGUAGCAGCAACAUGGAGCCUUUCCCCCAGUCUACAAGUAUGCACAUGAACUUCGAGGACACCCAGGCUGUCCUCGAAGAUUACGCCGACGUUGUUCAGUACGAACGCGGACAACUAAACCCCGACGAGCACCAAGCAGACCCUCUGGACAAAGCCUCCACCUACAGCUUGACAAACGUGGUUCCUCAGAUAAGGGAGUUCAACCUGGGCCCUUGGGCCGAACACCAGGACAUCAUCCGCAAACGACUCAAUAACUACUGCAGAGGAAAGGCCUACGUUAUCACCGGGGUCACCACCUCUGGACACACGAUCCGCCGCAACAACAUGGACCGGGUGGCCGUGCCGGAGUACAUGUGGUCGGCUUACUGCUGCACGGAGUUUGACCAGAACGCACCGUACUUUGUGCGCUACAAGUUCCCUGUGUUUGGGGCAUACGGGCUGAACGACCGCGUCAACAACCAGAUGGUGGAAGUUCCCCUGAAGAACCUGGAGAAGUUCCUCAAAGGGAGGAUGGACGUGGACAAGAACUUCCAGAUAUUCUAUAACGACUGUGUUCCAGAUAACUAAGGAAGUUGAUGUAAUAGUAGCUUUUAAGUGUAUUAAUUUAAAAGUUAAUUUUAAGAAUAAGUCAGAGAUUGACAUACCUGGAAUUUAACGGUUUGAGAAACUCUAUCCCAUAUUAGAGAAAUUUUAAUUUGAUGUUUUACUUAGUAAUAUAUAUUCGGUUUAUCCUAAUUCUUUGACCAAAUAAAUGAUAGAAAUGUGUAAAAGUUGUCAAAGACAAGUCUUUAUAUUUGAGAACAGCAUAAUAACAAAGAAUUGUCAUACUUUUAAUUCAACAAUAUUUAUUUCAAUUCUAAUAAAGAUCCAAUGUCUACCCAAAA